CGCGGCCCAGGGCGACCUCGGGAAUCGGGUGUUGUCUGGGCCAUCCGCACGCCUGGGGCUGGGGCGGGAUGUAAGGCGCGGGGUGCGGAGGCCGCCUGUCUAGUGGUGGGGGGCGCGGGAGGCGCACCGAGGAUGGAGAGAGCCAUGGAGCAGCUCAACCGCCUGACGCGCUCGCUGCGCCGCGCUCGUACCGUGGAGCUGCCCGAUGAUAAUGAAACUGCUGUUUAUACAUUAAUGCCAAUGGUUAUGGCAGAUCAACACAGAUCUGUUUCUGAACUACUAUCAAAUUCAAAAUUUGAUGUCAAUUAUGCAUUUGGACGUGUGAAAAGGAGCUUGCUUCACAUUGCAGCAAAUUGUGGAUCAGUGGAAUGCUUGGUUCUGCUGUUAAAGAAAGGAGCAAAUCCUAAUUAUCAAGAUAUUUCGGGUUGUACACCCCUUCAUUUGGCUGCUAGAAAUGGGCAGAAGAAAUGCAUGAGUAAAUUAUUAGAAUAUAGUGCUGAUGUCAACAUUUGUAAUAAUGAAGGACUUACAGCAAUACAUUGGCUGGCUGUGAAUGGGCGAACGGAACUACUCCAUGACCUUGUGCAGCACGUCAGUGAUGUUGAUGUUGAGGACGCGAUGGGGCAGACAGCACUGCAUGUGGCCUGCCAGAAUGGCCACAAGACGACAGUGCAAUGCUUGCUAGACAGUGGUGCUGAUAUUAACAGGCCAAAUGUAUCAGGAGCCACUCCACUGUACUUUGCUUGCAGUCAUGGCCAGAGAGAUACAGCACAGAUUCUUCUAAUACGAGGAGCCAAAUAUCUGCCAGAUAAAAAUGGAAUAACUCCUCUGGAUUUAUGUGUACAGGGUGGGUAUGGAGAAACUUGUGAAGUAUUAAUUCAGUAUCAUCCUAGGCUUUUUCAGACAAUUAUUCAAAUGACACAGAAUGAAGAUCUUCGAGAAAACAUGUUACGGCAAGUUCUGGAACAUUUGUCUCAGCAAAGUGAAAGUCAGUACUUAAAGAUUCUUACAAGCCUUGCUGAAGUGGCCACAACAAAUGGUCAUAAACUGCUUAGCCUGUCUAGCAAUUAUGAUGCUCAGAUGAAGAGCCUUUUAAGGAUUGUGAGGAUAUUUUGUCAUGUCUUUCGAAUUGGUCCAUCCUCUCCUAGUAAUGGAAUCGAUAUGGGCUACAACGGGAAUAAAACUCCAAGAAGCCAGGUGUUCAAGCCUCUUGAGUUGCUUUGGCACUCAUUAGAUGAAUGGCUAGUUUUAAUAGCUACAGAAUUGAUGAAAAACAAGAAGGACUCGACAGAUAUCACAUCUAUAUUACUGAAACAAAAAGGCCAAGAUCAAGAUGGUGCUUCCAUUCCUUCAUUUGAGCCUACAGGACCUGAGAGCUAUGAACAUUUCUCCACUGAUACAGGGGAGUCUAAACCAGAUGCUCUUGCUGGGAAACAGGAAGUCAGUGCAGACUGUCAGGAUGUUAUUUCUAUGACGGCUAAUCGGCUAAGUGCUGUCAUUCAAGCCUUUUACAUGUGCUGCUCUUGUCAGAUGCCACCAGGAAUGACAUCCCCUCGUUUCAUUGAAUUCGUCUGCAAACAUGAUGAAGUUUUAAAAUGCUUUGUUAACAGAAAUCCCAAAAUUAUAUUUGAUCACUUUCAUUUCCUCCUUGAAUGUCCUGAGUUGAUGUCCCGAUUCAUGCAUAUUAUAAAAGCACAGCCAUUUAAAGAUCGUUGUGAAUGGUUCUACGAACAUUUGCAUUCAGGACAACCAGAUUCAGAUAUGGUGCAUAGACCAGUAAAUGAAAAUGAUAUUCUGCUGGUCCAUAGAGAUUCUAUUUUUAGGAGUAGCUGUGAAGUUGUAUCAAAAGCAAAUUGUGCAAAGCUAAAGCAAGGAAUUGCUGUACGGUUCCAUGGAGAAGAGGGCAUGGGUCAAGGUGUUGUUCGUGAGUGGUUUGAUAUUCUGUCUAAUGAAAUUGUCAAUCCUGAUUAUGCAUUGUUUACCCAGUCAGCUGAUGGAACAACUUUUCAGCCUAAUAGCAACUCCUAUGUAAAUCCGGACCAUUUGAACUAUUUUCGGUUUGCUGGACAGAUCUUGGGAUUAGCUUUGAACCAUAGGCAGCUGGUCAACAUUUACUUCACAAGAUCAUUCUACAAGCACAUUCUUGGCAUACCUGUAAAUUACCAAGAUGUGGCAUCCAUUGAUCCAGAAUAUGCCAAAAAUUUACAAUGGAUUUUAGAUAACGAUAUUAGUGAUCUGGGUCUAGAACUAACUUUUUCAGUUGAGACUGAUGUGUUUGGAGCGAUGGAGGAGGUACCUUUGAAACCAGGGGGUGGAAGUAUUCUUGUGACUCAAAAUAACAAAGCAGAGUAUGUCCAGCUUGUUACUGAACUUCGAAUGACAAGAGCCAUUCAACCUCAGAUCAAUGCUUUUCUACAGGGCUUUCAUAUGUUCAUUCCACCUUCCCUCAUACAGCUUUUUGAUGAGUAUGAAUUGGAGCUGCUGCUUUCUGGCAUGCCAGAAAUUGAUGUGAAUGAUUGGAUAAAAAAUACAGAAUACACUAGUGGCUAUGAAAGAGAAGAUCCAGUUAUUCAGUGGUUCUGGGAAGUGGUGGAAGAUAUUACUCCAGAGGAGAGAGUGCUUCUCUUGCAGUUUGUAACUGGAAGUUCUAGAGUCCCACAUGGUGGUUUUGCUAACAUCAUGGGUGGAAGUGGAUUGCAAAACUUUACAAUUGCUGCUGUACCAUAUACUUCAAAUCUUCUGCCCACUUCAAGCACAUGCAUCAACAUGCUCAAGUUACCUGAAUACCCAAGUAAAGAAAUACUCAAGGACAGACUUCUUGUGGCUUUACAUUGUGGCAGCUAUGGUUACACAAUGGCAUAAUGAAAUCUGGAAGACUCAUCUGACUACUGAUGCACAAUUCAGAGUGACAGAAGUAAUUUAGGAAACUGUCAACAGAAAAGCAGCCUAAAUGCAGCCAUAGGCAGGUGAUGUUUAAAAUUCAUAAAGGAUCAGAUUUUCCCCCAUCUCCCAUUUUUAUUUUUUGCUUUCUCAAUUUGUGUUACAGCUGGCAAACAUAAAAUCACAGUAUUAUUCAUUUUAUCUGAAAGUAGAAAAAUUAUAUCUUUUUAUAUUUCUUUAAUUUUAUUCAAGAUUGUGUGAAGGCAAAGUAUUCUGUAUUCCACCUCUGCUAUAUUAACU